AUGUCCCACCAACCGUCUAUUAUUCGAAAAACUCACCCUCUCCUAUCAUUAGGUAACAGUAUAUUAGUAGACCUCCCUUCUCCUGCUAACAUCUCGGCCUGAUGAAAUUUUGGCUCAUUAUUAAGUUUAUGCUUAAUUCUACAAAUUAUUACUGGACUUAUUCUUGCUAUACACUACACCGCUAAUACUGAACUAGCCUUCUCUUCAGUUAUACACAUUUGUCGUGACGUUAAUAACGGAUGACUUAUACGAAACCUCCAUGCUAAUGGCGCCUCUAUAUUUUUUAUCUGCAUCUACGCUCAUAUCGGACGAGGAAUUUAUUAUGGCUCCUAUUUAUAUAAAGAAACAUGAAACGUCGGAGUUAUUUUAUUUGCACUAACUGCAGCUACUGCCUUCGUAGGUUAUGUUCUCCCAUGGGGACAAAUAUCCUUUUGGGGGGCAACCGUUAUCACAAAUUUAAUUUCAGCCAUACCAUAUGUAGGAAAUGAUAUUGUAGUAUGAUUAUGGGGAGGCUUCUCAGUAUCAAACGCCACUUUAACCCGAUUCUUUACCUUCCAUUUUAUCUUACCAUUCAUUUUAGCAGCAAUAACAAUAAUUCACAUUAUAUUUCUUCACCAAACAGGAUCUAGUAACCCUAUAGGAAUUAAUUCUAAUUUGGAUAAGAUUCAAUUUCACCCGUAUUUUUCUUUCAAAGAUAUUUUAGGUUUUGUUAUUCUACUGGGCAUUCUUUUCAUAAUUUCCCUUUUAGCCCCUAAUGCACUAGGUGAACCAGACAACUUUAUUUAUGCUAAUCCUCUUAGUACCCCUCCCCAUAUUAAACCAGAAUGAUACUUUCUAUUUGCCUAUGCCAUUCUACGCUCUGUUCCUAAUAAACUUGGAGGUGUUGUAGCUUUAGCAGCAGCUAUCAUAAUCCUCCUAAUUAUCCCAUUUACUCACACCUCCAAACAACGCGGAAUACAAUUUCGCCCACUCGCCCAAAUUACAUUUUGAAUUUUAAUUGCCGAUCUAGCACUACUUACAUGACUAGGGGGAGAGCCCGCUGAAUAUCCAUUUAUCUUAAUAACACAAAUUGCAUCAACAGUCUACUUCAUAAUUUUUAUUCUAGUUUUCCCAAUUUUAGGAUAUUUAGAAAAUAAAAUACUAUUAAUAUCAAAAAAUACUGGUAAAUUUAAUUGAAAAUUAGUUUACAGA